AUGAAAAAUGAGAUCCGUUUUGCGUCCAUUAAAGCUAUAUGCUUGAUAUGGUGUUUUAUGGGUUUGAUAGAGGGAAAUCAGGCGAAUGAUUUUGAUGUCAAAAAAUAUGGUGCAAAGGCUGAUGGCAAAUCAGAUGACAACAAGGCAAUUGAAAAUGCAUGGAAAGAGGCAGGCAUGUCAAGGAAAGAGAGUAGGGCACCAGCAGACCCAGCAAAAUUCAAGUCUCAGGAUAGUUGGAUUGUUUUCAACAAUGUAAAUGGAUUGACAGUUGAAGGAGGAACUUUUGAUGGUCAAGGAGCCAUUGCUUGGAGCAAAAACGAUUGCGCAAAAACGGGAACUUGUGAUUCCCUUCCAAUAAAUCUGGCGUUCAACAAGCUGACCAAUUCUGUAAUUCGAAGCAUUACUUCCUUAAAUAGCAAGUUGUUUCACAUGAACAUUUUGAACUGUAAAAAUGUGACAUUUCAACGUACUACGAUCAAUGCACCCGAGAUUAGCUUAAACACCGAUGGGAUACACAUUGGACGGUCGACCGGGGUCAACAUCACCGAUGCAGACAUAAAAACAGGAGAUGAUUGUGUUUCCCUUGGCGAUGGUUGCCAACAAGUAAACAUCGAGAAAGUGACUUGUGGUCCUGGUCAUGGCAUUAGCAUUGGAAGUCUAGGAAAGUACCAAAACGAACAACCCGUUGAGGGAAUAACUGUAAGAAAUUGUACGAUCACAAACACGAUGAACGGAAUAAGGGUGAAAACAUGGCCUGCUUCAACUGUUGGUGUAGCACGAAGCUUGAGUUUUGACAACAUUGUCAUGAACAAUGUUAGCACGCCUAUCUUAAUCGAUCAACAAUAUUGCCCAUAUGGUCAAUGCAAAGCUGAGGUUCCAUCUCGUGUUAAGAUUAGCGACGUGAGUUUCAACGCCAUUAAAGGGACAUCGGCGACCCAAUUAGCAGUGAAACUUUUUUGUAGCAGGGGAAUUCCGUGCGAGAACGUAGCAUUAAACGACAUUAAUUUGGUGUACCAUGGAAUCAACGGAACUGCGAUAUCAGAAUGUGCUAAUGUUAAGCCUAAACUUACUGGCAAUCUUUUUCCUCCGGUGUGUGCAGUGUCGUCUCAUUAA